AUGUCUUUCAGUGCCGAGGCUCUUCUAUCGCCCACAAGCGGUAACUCCACACCUACGCAAAUGACCAACGGCAGCCUCAAAGCCAAAGGCAUCGUCGUCUUUUCAGGCGGCAGCGCUGCAAACGAGCUUGUUGACGUCUUCAGCACUGUUAGAGAAGACAAGAAGUGUCCGCUGAGCUACAUCAUCCCUAUCAGUGACAAUGGCGGAAGUUCUUCGGAGCUCAUCAGGGUCUUUGGCGGACCUGGUAUCGGUGAUGUUCGAAGUCGUCUUGUGCGAUUGAUCCCGGAUGACCCAGACAACGACAGCAGCGAAAAAGCUGCCAUCAAAGCCUUCUUCAACCAUAGACUGCCCAAGGAGCGUACCUCUGCCAGACAAGAGUGGCUUGAGAUCGUUGAGGCAGAGCAUGCGCUGUGGACCAACAUUUCCACGGCGAAGAAAGAGCUUAUUCGAUCCAUCCUCAAUCUCGUCGCCUUUGAGGUAGUCAAGCGGCGUCGUCCAUCUUCAAGUUUCGACUUCUCCGGGGCCAGCAUUGGCAAUCUGUUCUUGACCGGCGCCCGCCUGUUCACCGGAUCCUUUGAGUCGGCCAUUUACCUCUUGUCCAGUAUCUGCUCGGUUCCAAGUCAUACUUCGGUUCUACCUGCAAUCAACACCAACUUCACGCACCACAUUUCCGUUGGACUAGCAAACGGCGAAAUCAUUACAGGUCAAAACUCCAUAUCCCAUCCUUCAAUAUCGACAGCACUCGAAUUCGGGGGCGCGCCAGGCUACGAUGAGGUCGAGGAGCAUGACAGGAUCGAAGAUGCAAACUUGCCAGGCUCUCUCCCAACACUACGGAAGCAGUAUAUUACCUUCUCCAAGGCUGAUGAAGAAGAGCUACCUGCGAGAAUUGAACGCCUCUGGUACAUCAACCCAUAUGGUCAGGAGAUCCGACUCGCUGCAAACCCCAUGGUUCUGAACGCGCUCAAGGAAGCGCAAGCAAUAGUCUACAGCAUCGGCUCGCUGUACACAUCGAUAGUCCCAUCGCUUGUACUCAAGGGCAUCGGUCAAGCCAUCGACAACCCCAACAUCCGCUACAAAAUCCUCAUCCUAAACUCGACCAUUGACCGCGAAACCGGGCCGUCGUCAAAUCCUUACUCUGCCUUGGACUUCAUCGGCGCCAUUGCCAAAGCUGGCGAGGAGUCAAAAGGCAACUCUGGUGAGGUCAACAGGAGCAGGUAUCGCAACUACGUGACCCAUCUCAUCCAUCUUCAAGGACCUGGCACGCCUGCCGUGGAUAAGGAGGAGCUCAAGGGUAUUGGCAUCGAGGCGAUACGGGUGUAUGGGCGGAAAAAUGAGGGCGAGAAUUUCGUGCGGUAUGAUGAGAGAGGUCUAAUUCAGGCGCUCGAAGUCACGAUGGGUAAGAGAGAUCCGCGAGUGCCUAGCCGGCGAAACACUUUGGAGGUACAGGUGAGGUAG